ACUGAUAUAUAUUUCUAAUUAAUAUAAGUCCCCGUUCACACCAGUAUUGAACAGAAGCGUCUGUCGUUUGUCAGUUAAAUUUGGCGGCUGUUGAAUCCUUCGCAUCCCAGCCUUUGCCUGAGAUAACUUUGUGUAGUAUUCUGCUUUUGCGUGUGUUGUGAGUGGGUUUACAGUGUGCGCUCGUUAAGAGGAAAAAGGUUUUUCGGGUUUGUGGUUGGUUGGGGGAGGGGUUUUACGAACAGACCAGACAGGAAGAGACCUGCGUUCACAUUUUGGCCAUAAACACUCUGAAAGACCCCUGCGGUAUUUGGCACUGCUCCCUUAAGUACCAACUGACACAAAACAAAGUAAUUUCUACGUUACACAAUUAGUAUGCUACACAGAGAAACAUUGUUUUAACAAAACAAGAACGACCCCCACCCCUGAAGAAACUAGGGUCAAAGUUCACAGGAAGCUGGGGGGCUGCCAUUUUUCCCUGCUGCUACUGCUAACGUUUAACGUUAGAUGCUAAAACGACGGGAGGAGCGCUUGGUUUUGGGUUUUGUAGCUAGCUGGUAUCAACUGUUCGAAACAGUCACACGAAAACCGUCAUUUCUCCGACCAUUGUCGCACACAAUCAUUGUAAUUGGAUGAAUUCGGCAUGGAGAAAGUAGCGGAGCCGUCUUGGACUUCUUCGUACACCUACCAGGUGAGCAAGCACAGUGCGGAGAUGCUACACAACCUCAACAUUCAGAGGAAAGAUGGAGGCAGGUUCUGCGAUGUGAUUCUACGCGUCGGCGAGGAGAGCUUCCCUGCCCACAAAGCCGUGUUGGCGGCUUGUAGUGAGUAUUUCGAGUCGGUCUUCAGCCGUCAGUCGGAUGGCGACGGCGACGCCAAAGAGCUGGAGAUGCACACGAUUAGCCCGAAAGUUUUUAAAGACAUCUUGGACUUCGCCUACACCUCCAGGAUCGUAGUGCGACUGGAGUGCUUCCCGGAGUUGAUGACAGCUGCCAAGUUUCUGCUGAUGCGGUCAGUCAUUGAGAUAUGUCAGGAGGUGAUCAAACAGUCCAACGUGCAGAUCCUCGUACCCACUUCACGGGGAGGGGAUGCCAGUCUCUUUCAGGCCACGACGGCCUCAGAGCUGGGGUUGUCGGUGGCUCAGCAGGAUUUGGUGAACGGAACGGGAAUGCUGGUGAACGGUCAGCCGUUUGCUAACAAUGCACAGAUGCAUGUGGACGGGGCUGAAGCCGCCGCCGCCGCCGUGCUGCUGGAGGACGGGGGCGGUGAGUCGUCGGUGCCGAUCUUACAGCCUGUGGAAGGUCUGUGCAUUUCCCCAUCGGCGGAAAUGUCGGGGAACAUGUUUCAUCACGACACUGGCUCCCCUGCCUCGAAAAGAAGCAGGGGGAGACCAAAGAAAGCCGGAGUGGUGGAAGCCGUACUGUUUAACCACAGCACCCAGAAGGACAAUGGGCUGUUUCCGUGCGGGACGUGCGGUAAAGCCUUCACGGAGGCUUCCCGUUUGAAGAACCACGAAGCGCAACACGGAGCCUCCAUCGGCGGCGUCAACAACGUCGGUGACAGCCUGUCAGCUCCGGGCGGUAACGGCUUAACGGUCCACCGUCCGCCGGGUCUGGAAAACGGCGUACAGGUGCACGCAGGGCUGACGAUGGAUAACGGUCGCAAACGGGAGAGGACCAGGCGGCACGUCGGCUGUGAUAUUUGCGGCAAGGUUUUCCGCGACGUUUAUCACCUGAACCGGCACAAGCUGUCACAUUCCGGGGAGAAACCGUAUGCGUGCCAUGUGUGCGGUCUCCGGUUCAAACGCAAAGACAGGAUGUCAUACCAUGUGCGGUCACACGACGGGUCAGUCGGGAAGCCAUAUGUGUGCCAAAGCUGUGGUAAAGGGUUUUCCAGACCAGACCACCUGAAUGGACAUAUCAAACAGGUUCAUACAACAGAGAGACCUCACAAGUGCCAGAUUUGUAAUGCCUCUUUUGCUACAAGAGAUCGCCUCCGGUCACACCUCGCAUGCCAUGAGGACAAAAUCCCCUGCAAAGUCUGUGGCAAGUUCCUUCGGGCUGCCUACAUGACGGACCACCUCAAGAAACAUAGUGAAGGAACCCAUAACUACUGUGGCAUUUGUAACAAAGGUUUCUCCACUGCCUCCUACCUUAAGGUGCAUAUAAAGACACACCACGGCUCUCCACUGCCCCCCUCUGCUACAAUGCACACCUUCCCUGAGCCAAGGGGGGAGCAACAGAUGCACAACGGCACCCCUUACCACAUGGGACGCCAGUGCUCAGUGGAAGACCUGUGCGCCAGUCGCCAGCUGCUUCUCACCUCGUCUGAGGCAGAGGGUCGCUUUCAUGGGCUCUCUGGACACGCACUCCUUCCCCAGCCUGGCCCGCCAGUCCUGGGCUUGCAGCCUGAGUUGCUCAUGGGGAAGCCAGGUGGGGCUCCAUAUUUCUGGGAGUGUCGCUCUGGCGGGGUGCCUGGCUUCCCCGUCCAUGGGCCUGUUGCAGAUGGGCAAGAAAACACUGGGAAAUGUCCUCAUCUAGAAUCAGAGGAAUCAGAUCCUUCAUUUGUGGAGUUGUCAAAUGGAGAUGAACUUAAGUCUCCACACAAACCUGAGGGGCCGGAGCUGGAGAUGCCCACUUUAACACCCUGUAACGGUGCCUCUGCUGGAGCUUUGGGAUCUACAGAGGGACCCAAAGCCAAAACGGACCCUGAGAAGAAGUUUACCUGCGGUAUUUGCGGUCAGGCCUUCCGCACCAAGUCCUACCUCAACAAACACCAGCACAGAGUACACAAAGCUCAGAAGGCCCAGGGGCUUUCAGGGUCCAGCUUAAAUGACCUGGCUCCGUCCCUGACCUCACCCUUUUCCCCUCAACAAAACAUGUCUCUGCUUGAGUCCUUUGGCUUUCAGAUAGUCCAGUCUGCUUUUGCCUCUUCACUGGUGGAUGCUGAGGCAGGUCAAAGUGGAAUUGACUUUGGAGGGAAGUGACAUAUUUACUAACUUUCUAGCAUAUCCUCCCACUCUUUGGACAAAGCCGGGUUGCCCACAGAAGAUGUUCUGUAUUUGGGAAUAACUUUGCCUCAAGACUACUUUUCCGUUCCUUGUGUUGCUCACUGUUGGAGUAUUUUUUUUUUUUUUUUUUCAUUUUUGUCAGACUGCUAUACAAUUCCUUCUUUUUCUAGUAUGAAAAGUGUGCGUUUGGUGUUGCAUUUUUAGUUGAAAACAAAAGACAUGAAGGCUUUAUUUCCUCUAUUUGAUCCGUUCAGUUACACUAGACUGGCUUUUGUUUAUUUUUUGCUUGUGUACUUUUAUAGCAUUGGCAUAUGUUUCGUUGAUUAAUUAUUAACUGCAUUUUCAAAAUGAGUAAUUACUUGUUGCCUAUUCGCCCACUUUAACUGCUCUGAAGCUCUUGUUAAAUUGACUGCUGGCCCUUAUAACAGUUUUUAUGCUUCAUUUGUAGAUGUCUUUACCUCAGAGCAUUAAGAGGGCUGAAUAAUGUAUUUAUGCUGUUCUCAGCUUCUUUGAGAAUGAAUUUGUUUUCCCUUAAGCACUGGGAUUUAGGCCGGGCUCAAUUUUGAUGAUUUUACUCAGAAUCUUUUUAACUGUGGGCAACUUACCCCAUUCAUAACAGGCCCAUGGCAUGUUUCAUGACACAUUAUUGUAUAUGUAAUUUUGUUAUGACUUGAUACAAAAAGAUCAAUUUGCAGGCCGAUGAGAGGGACUGAUGAUUAUCAAGGCAAGGACCUAAAUGAAUUAUUAUUGA